CGGCGAGCACCGGCGGACGAGGCUGCACCGCGCCGGGCUGCAGCGAUGGCUCCGUGACCGAGGACAAGUUUCCCACAGACCCUCACGAAGCAGCAGGCCCCCAACCAGGAGCCCAGCGUGAGGGUAGAGAUGGAGCUGAGUCAAGAGUCUACAACCAGUUUUCUCAUGCUGGCCACGUCAGGAAGUACUGAGCCUAGUGGCCCCAACAUGUCCCUCAACAGCUCCUGGAUUGGCCCAACAGAGCCCAGCUCCCUGCAAGACCUGGUGGCCACAGGUGCCAUUGGGGCUGUGCUCUCAGUCAUGGGCAUGGUGGGUGUGGUGGGCAACGUGUAUACUCUGGUGGUCAUGUGCCGCUUCCUGCGUGCCUCGGCCUCCAUGUACAUCUAUGUGGUCAACCUGGCAUUAGCUGACCUGCUGUACCUUCUGAGCAUCCCUUUCAUUGUGGCCACCUAUGUGACCAAGGACUGGCACUUCGGGGUCGUGGGCUGCCACGUCCUCUUCAGCCUAGACUUCCUGACCAUGCAUGCCAGCAUCUUCACCCUGACCAUCAUGAGCAGCGAGCGCUAUGCAGCAGUGCUGAGGCCUCUGGACACGGUGCAGCGUUCGAAAGGUUACCGCAAGCUGCUGGUGCUGGGCACCUGGCUGCUGGCACUGCUGCUGACCCUACCCAUGAUGCUCGCCAUCCGACUGGUGCGCAGGGGCCCUAAGAGCCUCUGCCUUCCGGCCUGGGGCCCUCGUGCCCACCGCGCCUACCUGACACUGCUCUUUGGGACCAGCAUCGUGGGGCCCGGCCUGGUCAUCGGGCUACUCUAUGUCCGCCUGGCCCGAGCCUACUGGCUGUCACAGCAGGCCUCCUUCAAGCAGACAAGGCGGCUACCCAAUCCCAGGGUGCUCUACCUCAUCCUGGGCAUUGUCCUACUCUUCUGGGCCUGCUUCCUGCCCUUCUGGCUGUGGCAGCUGCUGGCCCAGUACCACGAGGCCAUGCCGCUGGCACCCCAGACUGCACGCAUUGUCAACUACCUGACCACCUGCCUCACCUAUAGCAACAGCUGCAUCAACCCUUUCCUCUACACACUGCUCACUAAGAACUACCGAGAGUAUUUGCGGGGUCGCCAGCGCUCUCCUGCUAGUGGUGGCCGUGGGCCGGGGAGUGCUGGCUGCUUCCAGCACAGCAGAGUCCACCUCCAGCAGGACUCACUGUCCCCGAGGAGCCAGCAGGCCACAGAGACCCUUAUGCUGUCCCCAGUGGUCCCUACCAGGGCCUUUGUCUGAGAGUCCCUAUAUCUUUCCUGAGAGUCCCUCAAAACAAAGCCACUCCGGAGCCCGUUCCUGAACCCCCACUCCUACCUGACUGGUUUAUCUCUCUUACUCAGCUCUCUUCUAGAAAAUUCCCUGUUCUUUCUAAUGCAUCGCUCACAUAGACUCUAUCAGUGCCUUCCCACAAUGCCAAGCCAUUCCUCCCUCAUGCCCAUCUCUGAGGGUCUGUGGAGGCUGUGGCCCAGACUCUUCUGAAGACUCC